AUGGACGGAUUCGACGAGGAAGCGUUCAAUAAAUUCUUUCCUUCUAGCUUUGGCAAGCAGGAGAAGUCGGUUGAUGUUGAUUCGCAGAUUAACCGCUCCAAACGCGCCGAUGUUUCGGCGCAACCCACACUCGAAGACAAUCAACUAGGCACCUCCACAAGCACCCCUACCGCGCAAGCAGAAGGCAAUGGAGAUGAGAAAAAGGACGACAACGAUGAUAGCGAUGACAGCGAUGAGGACUCAGAUGACGACGAGGACGAGUUCCCCGUAUCGCAUGAGCUCGUUCUCAAGACUCACGAGCGUGCUGUCACAACCAUGACCGUGGACCCUUCAGGGGCGCGACUAAUCACAGGUUCGACCGAUUGUACGCUGAAGCUCCAUGAUUUUGCUUCGAUGACUCCGUCAACUAUUCGCGCCUUCAAAUCUGUCGACCCUUCCCUCAAGAAACAAUCGGCAGCGCAGGACACCCACGCCGUUCAUUACGCCGCUUUCAAUCCACUUUCGCCAAGUCAUGUUCUUGUUGUGACCGCAACGGCACAGCCCCGGAUUCUGAGCCGGGAUGGCGAAACCCUUACUGAGUUUGUGAAGGGGGAUAUGUAUCUGCGCGAUCUACACCACACCAAAGGUCAUAUCUCCGAGGUGACGUGCGGUGCCUGGAGCCCCUCCGAUCUUAAUCUAUGUGCAACUGCUGGAAGUGACAGUACCAUUCGAAUCUGGGAUGCGAAUGUGGGACGCUCGCAGAGGGAAGUGAUAGUGCACAAGUCUCGGGCGGCUGGCUCCGCUGGUCGAACCAAGAUGACUGCUAUCGCAUGGGGCACCCCAAAACAGGGAGGGUCCGAUAUUCUCGUGGGUGCAGCUCUCGAUGGCAGUCUGGUCAUGUGGAGUGGAAAUGGCCCCUACUCAAGACCCAGCGCAGAAAUCCGGGACGCUCAUGCCAAGGAUACAUGGACAAGCGGAUUGGAUGUCAGCUCCGAUGGAAGGCUUGUCAUCAGCCGAGGUGGUGAUGAUACCAUCAAGCUGUGGGAUACCAGGAAGUUUAAGACACCGGUUACCACAGUUGAUCACAAAUCGACGUCCUUCCGCUACCCGACGUCAAAUAUCCAGUUCUCUCCCUCGUCUGCAAAUGUGCUCGUUGGCUCUGAAACUGGCCAUCUACACAUCCUCAACCCGGCAACUCUCAGGCCAGAGUUAGUCACUGCUGUUACACCAGGAUCGCCUCUAAUUACCGUGUUCUGGCAUGAAAAGCUCAAUCAGAUCCUGACAGGCUCUGCCAAUUCCGAGACUCAUGUCCUCUACAACCCGACCACAUCUACGAAGGGCGCAGCAAUGGUCAUGUCCAAGGCACCAAAACGCCGCCAUGUCGAUGAUAAUGCCACUCUCACUACGGACUUGACACAAGGACUGGCAGGGGACUCUGUAGUGGUCGGCUCCAACGGAGUGCCGCACUACAGCUCGGCCACCUGGUCUGCCCGUCACCCUAAUGUUGGUCUGACAGCUUCCGGUCGCUCUCGAGACCCUCGUCGGCCACACUUGCCGCUACAAACACCAUUUGCCAAGUCUACGCCAGAUGAAAAGCACAUCCGUGAGAAUAUCCCUCUCAGUUCUAUGCGAGAUGAGGACCCGCGGGAGGCACUGCUGAAGUAUGCCGAAAAGGCCGAGAAGGACCCUAUAUUCACCAAGGCAUACAAGGAAACACAGCCCGAUGCCAUCUACGCGGAGCUGAGUGACGAGGAAGAAAAAGGACCCGAAAAGAAGAAGGCCAGGCGAUGA